CAGCAUGGCGAACUUAGAGCAUGUUGAAGGCGACCCAAAACACGUGAAAAUGUCUAGCGAAAUCCCCGCUGCUUGCGCCGAAGAGCAGCUGGCCGGAGUGUCCUCUAAGCCGGACACAGAUGCGGGCGCGGUCCCGUCGUUCGCCGCCGCCUCCGAGCUGCUAUCAGCGCCGUACUCGUGUCUGGUCAUGAACACGCAUCGGAGACACAUCGCCCUGCCACCCAUGUACCUGAACAAGAAGAAGACAGGAAUAAAGGAGGAGCUGGAGGCCGAGCUGCUCAAGUUCUCAGAGAGUCUGAAGGGAGUUCCUUUAGCUUAUGACAACAUCAAGAUAGUUGAGCAGCAUGGACACAUUUACGAUGACAGCGGCUACAUCCACAUGGACAUAGAGGCCAGCUUUAUUGUAUUUCAGCCCAAAAAAGGACAGACACUGUUGGGUAAGGUGAAUAAACUAAGUGUAAGCCACGUGGGCUGCCUGGUGCACGGCUGCUUCAAUGCCAGCAUUCCCAAACCCAACCUAGUCUCUGUGGAGACCUGGAGGGACGCAGGGCCGAGGAUCGGCACUGAGAUAGAGAUUGAGGUUACCACACUCGAUGCUGACACUGCGGGGGUCCUGCUGAUCAGAGGAAGGCUGGACAGAACCAAGGUCCAGGAGCUGCUGGCUAUGGGUGAGAGCUCAGAAUCGACCCUCCCUGCAGACCAGCAAGAGCCGCCAGACACAGAACCUGCCCCGGAACCCACCAAGGAGUCUCCUGAAGACACUCCCAAGAAAAAGAAGAAUAAGAAGAAAGACAAAGUCAAAGAAGAAGAGAGAGAAGAGGAAGUGGCAGUAACACCCUCCUGCCAGCCGGACGGUAACACGACAUUAGAGCUGAAUGGAACAACAGACAAAGAUGCAAACGGCAACGAAGCCGGCGAGAAAAAGAAGAAGAAAAAGAAGAAGGAGAAGCAGCUGAAAGAAGAAGCAGAGGAGGUGGAGCUCUCUCCUUUGGAGAUCCACGGCAGCGACUCCAGCGGUUACCAUAGCGACAAAGCAAACAAGAAAAGAAAACAUGAAACUGGUAGCGACGUCACAUCAGGUUUUAGUGAAGAAUCGGAACCACCAAAGUCCAAGAAAAAGAGGAAAAUCGAGCAGUUUGCCUAAAAAUAGUGUUUAUGUCUGGAAAGCAAGUUAAUUGUGUACAAAAUGUGAUGUGAUGACAAAGAUAUUUAAUCACAACCGUGGUUCUGGAGGAAUAUACUCACGUGCCUUAGUGAUUAAACAUUUUAAUCAAGUAAGAUUUCUGUCACAUGGUUGGUUCUUCCAUGAAAAUCAUUUAACCAGAGGAUCAGACAUGUAGAUGAGAGGAGAGCAGAACAUUUCACAGAUCAGGACUCACUUAAUUGUGAUUCCCUUACUUUGCCUGAUGGGGGAGCACAACUGCUUCACAAUACCACACUUGGACAUAAGACGAGUGAGACCUUGUCUACACUUUCUUCUGUUUAUUAUUGAGGGUCAAAUGCUAGACUAGUGAGACAAACUCAAUUUAAGAAAGAUAUUCUGUUCUCUCUUGUGCCUCCAUUCAGUCCUGAGGAUUGCCUCAAUGGAAGGAAGGAAAAACAUUUUCACAGCAAAUGUUCAGUAUUCAUGAAAUGCGUCCUGUC